UUUAUGGCGAAGAGAGAUACAGAAUUUAGUAUUACGCGAAAACGCGAACUCGAUGCUUGUGUACGGGCCGUGUACUAUGGAGUUCCCCAGUUAUUACGAUUGGCGCCACUCUGGACAAACACUUUUUUGAGUAUUAUACUGAGUAAAAAAAAGAACUAAAGCACUUUUUAUAUUUCGAAAAUAGAACAGUUUCGGUUGAUUGACCUGUGAAAAUUUUCGGUGUUCGAUUUUUAUUUCAUUCAGCUUCAAAACUUUACUUCACCAAAGUAUUCCAUUGCUGUAAAGCUACCGAACAAUAAUAUAAUUAAUGCCAUGAGAUUGGCAAUAACAAUCCUAUUGAAAAAAUGUCGUCUGAAGGCAGAGGGUCGAACAUAACCCAAGCGUUGACCAACCUCUUCGAGGAGAUGCUGCUGGCAUCCGACCUGGACAGUGAGAAUAGGAGUAAUGUAGAUUUAUCGCAGUUUCUAUCAGCUCUGAAGGAGCAGUCUUCGAAGAACACCAGUCAUGAACCCCUGGACUUCGGGACACUAGUGAAGCUUGUGGACGGAUGGCGCAGCAAGCUGAACUUGACGAAGAACUUUGAGCCACCCUGCAAUUAUUGCGAUGGCAGUAUCCGGGAUCUCAUCGUCGCUUACAACAGCAUCCAUGGUUUCAUAAGUCUAUUUGUCUGCGUGUUCGGGAGCCUGGCGAACGCGCUGAACGUGGCAGUAUUAACUCGUCGGGACUUAGCGGCGGCGCCGAUCAACAGGCUGCUCAAGUGGCUGGCGGUGGCGGAUGUCUUUGUCAUGCUGGAGUAUGUGCCGUUCGCCAUCUAUAGAUAUUUGAUCCUUCCCGAGCAACGCGAGAUGCCGUACAACUGGGCCGCUUACCUCCUGUUCCACAUGCACUUCACGCAGAUCUUCCACACGGCAUCUAUCUGUCUCACUCUCUCGUUAGCCGUCUGGAGAUACGUCGCUAUCAAAUACUCGGACCGCAAUCAUAUAUUAUGUACCGAGAGGCGAUGCAGUACAGCGAUACUAAGUAGUUUUAUAUUACCACCGAUCUUGUGCAUACCUACAUUUAUGGUAUUCGACAUUCACACAACCGUCGUCUUAGAGCCAAGUGGACCUAUAAUCCUGUACCACGUCGACGCCGACCAGGAAGGUCAACUAUACCAGAUAAACUUCUGGGUACACGCCGUCCUAAUCAAGCUGCUGCCUUGCCUAAUACUUACGGUCAUAAGCCUGUGGCUAAUAAGAGAAGUGUACAGCGCAAACCAGCACCAGAAAAAGGUGCGAGUGUACAACGCCUGCCCAACUAGCAACAAACAAUUGAAGAGGCAAUGCAAAGCAGAAAGGAGGACGAACAGAACGACCAAGAUGUUGGUAGCCGUUCUUCUUUUGUUUCUAGUGACAGAGUUGCCGCAGGGGAUUCUGGGGCUCCUUAGCGGUUUGCUAGGCCGCUGCUUCUUCAAAAGAUGCUACGAUCUGUUCGGGGAGCUGAUGGACGCGCUGGCGCUUUUGAACGGGGCCAUUAACUUCGUCCUGUACUGCUCUAUGUCUCGACAGUUCCGCAUGACUUUCGGGCAGAUCAUGUGGCGUGCUCAUCUACACAAGUGGCCUCCGCCAACCGCCUCCCAUUCCGAUGGGCAGUACACAGCAAAAUCAUCGGUUCCGUGAGGCAAGUUCGUACAAGAGAAACACGCAAACAUUUUGCAGCAAUUCUUGUAAAUACCAUAUAAGAAACUGUUUAAAAUUUAAUGGAAACGAAAUUAAUGGGUGUUCAUUUUAAGUCCUAAUUAUUAUCUUAGUUAAUAAGUGUUAGAAUAUCUUACUUAACUAGAUAGAUAACUUUUGAACGUUAUUAAAGCUACUUAAGAAAUUAAUGUAAAAAUUGAUAGUGUGUAGUUAAUCAAUGUUCUCUUUAUUGUCGCACAAAAUUUUACUUAACAGAUGUGUUCAAAUUUAAUUUUAACAAGCACAAGGUGGAAUUCGUGACAGCUAUUAAAUCUUAAAUUUUGCGUCAUGAAAUUUACUUUUUAUAAGUUUAUCGAACACAUUUUCGUUAUGAUUGGUGUAAAUACUUUCACGACGGCAAUUUUUAAAAUUAAUACCUAGUCCAGGCUUGUUCUUCGUUUAUAAAUAAGGGGGUAUAAGUACAAGU